CUCCAGGAUGAUCAAUCAGAAUUUUCGGGUGCAUCAAAUAGUUCAUCCACUGAGAAUUCAAGUGAACAUAGCUCAGAAAAUAGCGAAGAAACAGAUAAGGAAGAGGAAGAAGAAGAAGAGACCAGAUUUAGUAUUGACGAUGGAGAUUGUGAAUAUAAUAGUUCAGAUGGAGGACCUAACAGUGACAGAGAAGAUAGAGAAUUUAAUAAUUCUCAACAUCAGGAAGAUGCAUCAGACUUAUCGGGUGCUUCAGAUAAUUCAUACAAUGAGGACUCAAGCGAAUAUGAUUCUGGCCAUCGUGAUGAAACAGAUCAGGAAGAGGAAGAAGAAGACAACAGUAUUAUAGGUGAAGCAGGUGGUGCCGAUGGAGAUCAAAAUGAAAACAAUGAGAAUAAUGAGAUAGCUGAUCCGUUCAGGAGACUUAAGUCGAGUUUAGAAGGUUCUUUUGCUUUAGAGAGACAGCUGCAAGUGAAUAUAUCUAUUGGUGAAAUACUUA